AGCUUUUACUCAUUGCGGUUCCCUCUAACGCUAUCACAUGCAGCUCUAAGGAAAAAAAAAACAAAAACAACCUAGCCCUAGCCUAACAUCUUCAUGUAGACAUACAUGUGCGAGAGCAUGUGGAUAUCUCUCCUCCCCUUUCUCUCUCUCAAUUCAUCUCCUCUCCAUCCACUCUACGCGAAGUGCAUCGGCUGAACCUACUCUCACAGGGUCACUUUUGAUCUUCUCCAGCCAGGAAGCAUUAUUAAAGUGCAUGACACCCUCUUCACGUCUGAGGAACUCAGCUGUGCCACUUUUCUCAGAGGUCACACGGGCCUGGAGCUGGACUUGAGGCGGUUCUGGGACUGAGGUUGUAAAGUUACACUGCUGGGAUUGGGUGGACACCCUUCUCUGGUUGGAGCUGGUGGAGAACAAUUCAUAAUUCGUUGUGUUGAUUCGCAGAUUAUGAUGAACGCAACAUACAACACAAGCAACCCAUCAUGUGUGAUCAUGACCCAGGCAGCAGGUCACCUGCUGAUAUCUAUCUACAUCAUUGCCUUCAUCUUGGGGCUGCUGUUCAACCUGAUCACCAUCGGGCCCAUAAUUCAGCAGAUCUGCAGAAGGAAUGUUCUAGGGAUCUACUUGCUCAGUUUGUCCUUCUCGGAUCUCCUGUACAUCCUCACCAUGCCUCUGUGGGUCUAUUAUUUCAACAACAACCACAAAUGGAACCUCGGCCAAGGACUCUGUAGUCUGGCUGGUUUCUUUUACUACUCCAACCUGUACAUCAGCAUCUAUCUCCUCUGCUGUAUCUCCAUCGAUCGCUGCCUGGCCAUCACCUUCCCGCUGAGAGUCCAAGUCUUCCGCCGGCAGCGCUAUGCCUGGAUCAUCUGUGGGCUGGUCUAUGUUUUCGUCAUGGCCUUGCACUCUUUGGUGCUGUACCUGGACAAGUUAUCGGAUCCACUGGAUGACACGGAGCAAACGUGCUACGAGACCUUCCCCAUGACGGAACGCAUUGCGAUGUUCAACCUGAUACGGGUCGGAAUUGGUUUCCUCUUGCCUCUGGUGGUCAUCUCCGUCUGCUACUGGUUGAUCCCAACCAAGGUGCAGCAAAGCAGAGGGGUGGAUGAUCAAGGCAAGCGCAAAGUGAAGAUUCUGUCUAUGGGGGUCAUUGGCAUUUUCUCCUUCUGCUUUGCGCCAUACCAUAUCCUCCUGAUGGUGAGGUCCAUCACCUUCUUUUAUUUGGGAGAUAAACAAACCUGCAGUUUUGAACAAGCGAUGUAUUUGCCCUUCACUUGCUCCCUCGCGCUAUCCAGCCUGAACAGCGUGGUGGACCCAGUGCUCUAUGUUUUGGCCAGUAAUGGAGUAAGGGAAGAUAUGAGGUUGUUCUGUUGGAAAAACAAGCAGACACAGGUGAGAGGAAGCCAUCUUGUUGAUUCCCAAUGGAAGACAAGAGUAACCAACUUGGGUUAAAACCAACCUCAGAUCUUUGAAAACAGACUUGCAUUUUAUAGCGUACACACUGUUUUUGAACCCAUUCAGGAAUUGUACAAAUCAGUGACCAUCACAAACUCUCCCAAAUUGUUUGCGUUGACAGCAUGGGCACAAUCUUGUGGAUGUGUUCAUGUUGUUAAGUUGUGGAGGGUCCGGCAGGCUUUACAAUCUGGCGUGCUCCAGCACUGUGAUCCAGACACCUGAACUAACUUUUUUACAAAUAACUGCCACCGUGUCUGCAAACCGCUUGCUUUUCUGCAGGUGGUAAUAGGCAAAUUGCACCAAGUUUUGUGAGUAAAGCGUAUCUACUGUAUAAUAAGCUUAAUUUACAUAGAAAACAAUGACGUGUACUGACAAUACUGAUGCUGCAGCACUUUUUAUUGCAUAUAGAGCCUAGUUAAACUGGAUUGUGGCUGUUUGAGAUGCUGUUUUUGUGCCGACAUACUGUGUAUUACAAAAGUUAUUGUUUAGUGAAUUAGCCACUGUAUGACCGUGUCUAGUUAAGCCCAAUUCAUUUGUCCAAGUCAUGACAGAGACCAGAAGAGGGUCAAAUCCAAGUCAAGGACAAGUUCACACGCUCCUGAGUUCAUGACCAAUACCAUGACAAUAUGCUUUUAGUCUGAGUCUAAGACCAUAUUUUUAUGGUUUUGCCCUUGUUCCUCAAAUCCGAGUCCAAGGCUAUGUUUUUAUGGUUUUGGUAUUGGUCUUGGUCCUCAGGUACGAGUCCAAGACCAUAUUUUUGGUAUUGGUCUUUGAAUCUGAGUCUAAGAAUAUAUUUUCAUGGUUUUUGCUUUGUUCCUUGAAUCCAAGUCCAAGACUAUAUUUUCAUGGUUUUGGUAUUGGUCUUGGUCCUCAAAAACAAGCCAAAGACCAUAUUUUUAUUUUUGAAUCUGAGUCUAAGAAAAUAUUUGCAUCUUGGUCCUUGAGUCCAAGUCCAAGAUUAUAUUUUCAUGGUUUUGGUCCUUGAGUCCAAGUCCAAGAUAAUUUAUUCAUGGUUUUGAUCUUGGUCCUCAAGACUGGUUUUGGUCUUGCCAUGGACUCAGGAGCAUGUGGAUAGAUUCAUUCCUCUUCUGGUCUUUCUCCUGGAUUAAACUCCACCCUCUUCUGAUCUCAGUCGUAAAUCUCAAAUUUGGUCUUGCCUACAACAUGGAUAUGUGCAGGCUUUUGUACUCAGACUCCAUUAUGUCCACUUGUGUGAAAAAAAUAUGAAUUAUUACUUUGCUGUUUUAUCUGAGAUGUGAUAUAUUUAUCUGUGUCUUUACGAACAUCGAGAGGAUGUUUACAAAUUACGGAUUUGCAGCGUAACAGGACCAGUAUCCAUGUCUUUGAAGGAGCCAUGAAUCACUUGAACUUUCUAUGUGAGAGCCGUACUCAGCCCAAGUGUUGUUAUUGUGGGAUAAAGCCUCGCUUGUUUGUCCUUGUUUAAUUCACAGACGAUUCCCUGUAACUUACCGUUAAACUAGAUUUAGCCAUUAAAGAUUUAAUCUGGAUAUUAAAAACAACUUGUUGCAAUGUAAGCAAUUUCAAUGCACAGCAUGUUGCUACUCUCAACAUUUUCUCUCAUGUAACAUUACCGCAAAAUAAACAGUGCAUUAUGAAAUAAAAGAAAUGUUCUCAUUCUGACAGUUAUGCCACAUUUAGGGAAGUGAUGCUUCCGUUACAGCUCUUUAAACGGAGGUAAAAUGAUUAGUGUUUUAUUCAAGAGGUGGGAACAUCUACUAUCAGUGUAAUCAUGCUGCUUUCUGAAGCGAGAGCGACCCAUAUGACACCAGCAAGUGUUCUUGAGGAUUGAUGAGGAGGAACGUUUGCGUAGCAUCUCUAACCGGUAUCGCCCACAAUACACUUUGUACAGCUUUGUUCACCCACCUUCCGCUAGAAUGAUUGCCUCUAUAGAUGAGUGGCUCUCAUGUGACUGCGGUCUUCUGUAAGUCUGUGAGUGAGAGUGGCCUUCUGCUCUACUGUAAAAUGCCACAGACCAUCUGAAUGGAGUGAUUUUGGAGUGUGAGUGAAGCAAUGAAUGCUCACUGAAGCAAUGAAUGCAGGUACUCAAAUGACUUUGAGUACCUGAUCUGCA